AUGGCGCCUAAUAUUAUCAUGCAUUACAUCAUUUUAAUAAUCUUGUACUGCUUACGCAUCGAUGCAAUGCCAAGCCGAUCAGACGUAUUACUAGAAAGAAGGAACGCAAUUAAUCAUCUUAUUCGAUAUGGCUAUCUUCAAAACAAAACUACAAUCCAGGGAACUUUUAAUGAUGAUAAUGACAAGUACACAGACCAAGAAUUUCAGCUAGCUCUUUUGGAUUAUCAACGUUUUAUGAGUAUACCACAGACUGGAAAGCUCAACAAAGUCACCAUGGAAACAAUGGCAAAACCAAGGUGUGGUGUAAAAGACAAAACAAGUGAAAGCGUUAAUGUUUUCCUGACGAACCGUGGCAAGCGUAAAAGAAGAGACGCUCUGCAACAUUUUUACAAAUAUAAGUCUGCGAAAAGUGUCACAUAUGAUUGGUUCAUUUCUUCUAAUCAUCUCCCAUCAUCAAAUGAUAUGGCUGCUAAAAGCUACACAAUGUUGGAAUAUGCUAUGAACAAAUGGAGCGCCGUUACCAAUGUAAAUUUUCGAAGUAGGCGAGGAUGGGUUUACGCUGAUUUGGUCAUAUCGUUUCGAAAAGGAAAUCACAAUGAUAAUGAGCCAUUCGAUGGUCUCGGUGGAGUUAUUGCGCAUGCGUCACGAAAAGAUAUGGAAAUUCAUUUUGACGAUGAAGAAAACUGGAGGUACGAGGAAACAAGUAUUGAUUUCAAACCUCCAAAAGUGCUACCAGAUUUUGUUCAUGCUGCUAUUCAUGAAGUGGGGCAUAUACUUGGUCUGCCACAUUCAAACAAUACAUCCUCAGUGAUGCGCCCUGUAAUGGCAUUACUACCCAGCUAUGACUUGCAUACUACUGAUGUCAAAGCAGUUCAGCAAAGAUACGGUAUAUGUUGGCCGGAAAGAAUUGAUUCAAUAUUUAGCAACAGCGACGGGAAAACGUACAUAACAGUGGGACCUUUAGUCUACUUGUUCAAUGAUGCAUUAACCCAGGUGGAAACUCAAUCGUGGCCUCGUCUGGCAAAAACUUUUUUUGGAAAUGAAUUUAAAUUAUUUGAUGAUAUAUUUCUUAACACUGAUGGGUCUUUAUAUUUUUUUUCGGGUGGGCAAUAUUACCAUCAAUGGUCAGGUCAAUAUUCAAAUGCGAAACGUAUUGGUAAGUCAAAUACAGGGGUUGUUGGCUGGCCUGGUUUAAACGUCGACCGAAUUGACGCUGGAUUUCUACACUCUGACGGCAAGGUCUAUAUAUUCCGAAAAGAUUUGGUAUAUCGUUGGGAUCCAAAAGCUCCUUCGCCAUUCCUCCCACAUGCACCCAGAGGUCAAGUUGAAAAAGGGUGGCCUAAAAAAAUAUCCGAAGUAUUUCCAGGGCUUCCGAAUGAUAUCGAUAGUGCAUUUCGUUGGCACAACGACGGACAAGUGUACUUCUUUAAAGGGAAAUAUUUCUACAUUUGGGAUGAACAAAGAAAAAAAGCUGAUGGAUUAUAUGCUACGUAUCAGUGGAAAAACAUCUGCGAUGUUUACCUGUGCACGAAUGUGUCUCCAUGUCAAAGCUGGGCUACGAGGUCAUAA